AUGAGCGGAAAGCACCACCAAGCAAGCGACGGCAGCCGUGGGAGGUGGCUUUGUAAGAAGGCGCCCAGAGGCGCAACAGAAGGCGCCCCCCGCAUAGACGCAACCCGUCAAGUGACGCAGAAACCUUGCCUAAGGCGAAACGUGUUGACUAUUUCAUUCGACAAAUAUGCAGUCAGCGGGAAGAUAACGCCUGAAGACGUUGGCAACCCGACGCGAGGGCCCCUGCUGGAGCAGAGAACUCCUGCGGUGCUUCUGCCUACAGGGGGGAAAGGGAGGAAAGACGGAGGAAAAAGUAAACUAAAAAUAAGGGGAAAUCUAGAUGGUACUCAGAUUCUGUUGCUCAAACUUCGCUGGGUCCAGCCGACUGCUUCUGUUGAGAAGGAGCUGCGGCUCCUUCAACUACAGGAGCUGCAACAGCAGCAGCUGCAACAGGAGCAGCAGCACUUGGCGGCUGAAAGCCACGGGUCCAAAGGUGUUGAUAUUCUUAGCAAAUUACAUAGAAAGAAUUUGCUGUUGCUCUAG